AUGGCCUUCGCGGAUUCUUCCAUCCGCACCGGUGGUGCGUCGGUUCAGGUUGGGCACUGUCCGAAGCUGGUCGCGACUUACCUACCAUCUGAACCAAACACCUUGCCGCCGCCACUCUCUCCCACCCAGCCGUCGCCUCUCCUCCCAUCCCUAUAUCCUCUCCCUUACUCCGCCCCAUCGCCUCUCCCUCUCACCCCGUCGUCGCCGCUCCCUCCCAUCCCGCCAUCGCCCCUCUCUCGCUCCCAGCCGCGGUCGCCUCUCCCUCCUCCCCGCGGUCGCCUCUCCCUCCUCCCCGCGGUCGCCUCUCCCUCCUCCCCGCGGUCGCCUCUCCCUCCUCCCCGCGGUCGCCUCUCCCUCCUCCUCGCGGCCGCCUCUCCCUCCUCCCCGCGGUCGCCUCUCCCUCCUCCUCGCGGCCGCCUCUCCCUCCUCCCCGCCGUCGCCUCUCCCUCCUCCCCGCCGUCGCCUCUCCCUCCUCCCCGCCGUCGCCUCUCCCUCCUCUCCGCCGUCGCCUCUCCCUCCUCUCCGCCGUCGCCUCUCCCUCCUCCCCGCCGUCGCCUCUCCUUCCCUCCCCGCCGUCGCCUCCGGCGACAGGUGCACGAGCGCAAGCGCGGGUUGGUGCACCAGCGCGGGUUGUUUUCUGAGGCACCGUUGUUAUCAGGUGCGUUCCCGGUCCUUUCAUCUACCCUUCCCCUCUGA